UCAAGAGUGGUUCAAGCAGCCAGUAUUUUCAGCUGGCGGCAGGAUGACCUAUGUGAAGGUUGUGGACCACCGUGCCAGCUGCCGGCCGCAAAUUGCGCGAACAAUGGCACUAGGCCGCCUGCUCCUUUCCCUAGCAGCUGCAACAGUGGUGUGGAGCUUUGCUCGGGCAGGAGGCUCGCUGGACACGUUCGUGGCAGGCACUGCGGAUCACGUUGUCCGGGAUGUGCAGGUCAGCAUGAAGGCAGGAAGGAGCAUUCCAGCUGAACAAAAAUACAGGUUUGAGGGAGCCACGAGAAGGCUGUAUUUGAGACGAUUACGACACCGGCGUUGGUGUGCACAGUUUCAGUAUCCGCGAACGUUCGGAUAUGUGCUCAAGUGGAAUGACACGGCUGGAGAAGGCAUUGUCAUUGACCAAGAACAAACACAAAAGUAUUUGGUGAUUCGCGAUGAAAUUGGCGCAGCAUACCACAAACACGCCACACUGCAAGUUACUGAAUUUGUGGAGUUCUUCAAGACAGAUGAGAUGGAUGAGGAAUCCGGAUUGCCAUUGGCAAAGAAUGUUACGGGCCCUCAUGGCGCCAACACCAAAGGAAGUCAGGACUACAGAGAAAUCAUGUUGAGGAGCGGCAAUUUCCCGAAGAGGUGGGAAGACACCUACGAUGACUACGAGAAGAAGGCAACUGGUGUUCCUGAUGUUUCGGCGCUGGAAUUCUUCGCUGCAAGGUUGGGGAAUGGUGGACUCAACCGAAAUGGAGAUGCGGUUAUCCAGCAAAGUGAUCCUAAAAGGCCAUUUUCUGCUGCAAAGGCAAGCUACCUUUUCCUCUCAAAACCUGAGUUGAGUAGAAGUCUUUGUCUCAAUAGUUUUGACACAAAAGACCCAUGGCCUAAUUCGGUGCCCUUCAGUGUUCAUUGUGGCAUUCACUGUUCAUGGUGGCUUUCCUUUGAUAUGCAGCUCAGUCCGGAAGAAUUGUCCGCCCAGACAAAAGAACGGCCAGUUUUCUGCUAAGCAUUGCCCAGGGUGAGCAAGAGAUCAGUGAUGAUACGUUUUCCUUGUUGCAGAACUGCUGUAGAACUGCUGUUGAGAUGGUUGUGCAUAUAUAUAUAUAUAUAGUGUCAGCAUGACUUUCGUUUGGCUCAAGUUUUCCAAG